GUUUAACACACAUAACAGACAAUCAGCUAUAAUCCGAGGAAAAACCCCAGAACCUGGAUAGUACUGCAAGCUGUGUGAUGAUGUCAGUGGCAGUGUCGUCAUAUUUCCACUGGGCAUCAUCUAAACACGCUGCUUUGUAAAGGUAGACACGGUGACACGGAGCUCAGUCUAAACUGCUAUUGCGUGAGAGGCGUGCCAGGCGGAAGGUGAUAGGCAGGCGGUCGCGUUUAUCCGCUUGUGAGGAGAAAAAAAACUAGAGGGAGGGAGCGAUCUGGAGAUCUGGAGAGAGAUGGAGCAGUCGGAGGGGGCGUACAUCUCAGUAGCUCAUGGCCAGAAAGCUGGCAACGGUAUAACGCUGAUGAAAGGCAACCUAUUUUUGUGCCCAUAGAGAACCGGUUUCACCACCACCCCUGGCGGUUGUCGCCUAUCCUGCGUGUGAAAAGCGGUAAACCUGGACGACACCUUUUGCUUUUACUUCAGGAUGUCCUGGUCCUGAUAUCCCUGCCGCAGCGAACGCCAUCGGAGCGGAGCCUCCCAGACCUGCAGCAGAAACACAGUGAAAGGAUGGUGUGACAGACAGAUUUCCAGAGGAACCAGUCACUGCUCAGCACUCAGAGGGAGACCAUGGCUCCCAUGUCCCUCAUGCUCCUGGCCUUCCUCACCUGCUUCAUCGAUUUUGCCGGUGCUCAGACCGUUAUUGGCUACUCUUCCUCCUUUUCUCUUCUGGACUUGCCCAGCAGUUCUUCACCUCCACCAACCAAGCAGACUCCUCGUUUCUGGCCAUCUUUGCCUCCUAGGGGGCGCAGUGAUGUGCCCAUCAGAGCUACAGUACGGGACAGGUUAACAACUACGAAUACAGUGGAGCAGAGGCAAAGAGUCCAUCCAUCAGUGAGACAGGUCAACCCCUCUCUUCAAUCUGCCCUUUCUAUGCAGAACAUUAGUAGUGAGCUAAUUGUAACCCAACCAACUGCCUCUAGGCCCAGAACUGACACAGCUAGUUUAGCAUUCAGCAGGGCUUUCAGAAAGGGAAAUACUACUACAAAAGGCUCAACUCCACCUCCACCUGCAUUGCCUUCUGCUGAAGUGGCUGAGCCUGCAGGCGAUAAGUCAGUGACAGCAGCGAAUCCAAAGGAAGGAACAAUCAAAGAAGGGCAGGGUGUUGAUUCACAAGGAUUGGGAUCAGGUACAGUAAUGUUUGCGGAGGAGGAAUCAUCUAAUCCUCUGUCAACAUUUGAUGAUGAAAUGGCACAAUACCGGCCACAGGCACAGACUGCGACCUCUGAAGUUUCUGAUUUAAAAACUCCACCACUGGACAGUCAGACUGUGAAGCCUCACCUGUUUGCGUUGACAACCACCAGCACAACCAGCAUCGCUUCUACAGCACUGCAGACUGAGACAGUGAGGACGCCAUUGUCCCCUGUGGUAACCCAGCAGACACUUAAGACUGUGCAAUUAAAAGGUGAACUGGCACCAAACACUCCUUCCACUGACAGAGUUACUCCAAAGCAGGACUCUGUUGCUGUGAUAUUACCCCAACCAUCCUCCACCACGACUGGCUCUAGUGCUAAACGGCUCCAGCCUCCAGGAAAGCCAGUUACUGCCCCAAACCAGAAGAGUUCACCCUCGAACACCACAAAACUACAAGUGACAAAUACGUCUUUGCCCAGUGUGCUUCUUUCUACUCUGACAGCUUCCUCCAAAUCAACAACUCAGCUCAGCAAAACAGUACAGCUAGGAAGACAUGCAGCAAGCACAACUGUGCAGUCAACGAAGAUGGGGGCCUCUUCCAUGCUUACUGCAAGUGUUGUACCAGUCACCCAAACACGGUUUCGUCUCACAUAUCAGAACGGUAUCAGUCAGAGGAACAACUCUCGUCAACUAGGAAUCAUUCCUCACCUAGCUCCCUAUUCCACUUCUGAUCCAGCCCCCUCUCCCAGUGCCAGUUCCUCACCUAAUGGCACACUUCUUUAUUGGGGUCACCUAAGUCAGACACUUGCUUUCGCCUGGGAACUUCACGUCUACGGCUCAGCAAGCCUCUUUCUCCUACUGUUUGCUGGAGCUGCUCUUGGCCUCACCUUGUCCCCUGGCACAAACUGCCCUCAUCGUGGUGCUCUUGCACUGGCCAAUGCUUUGCUGUUUCUGGCUGGAGGCCUUAGAGCAGCUCUCUUUCUCAUUGACCCCUAUGGCACACGAAAAUUCCUCCCUCGUCCUGCAGUUUCAGCCAUCUACAACUUGCCCCUACACCUGCUGGUAUGGACACAUGCUGCCCUGGCACUGCUGGCCCUGAGGGUGGCAGGACUAAGCGUGUUACCGUCAACCAUGGAGCGUCCUCCUCUGGUGGCUGUGCUGGCUGUGUUGCAGUGUACCUUGCUGCUGGCAACUGAUCUGCUCUCCCCAGCCCUGUCUCCUGUGGUGCCUGUCACCCUACAAGUCCUGUCUCUGUGUUGGGGUCUGGGUAUCUGUCUGGGCUUUCUCUGCUAUGUCUUCCCACGUAUACGCUGCCCUGCUGUUCCUCAGCCUGGACUUUCCGAAGAAAUAAGGAGAAAGGCUUGGACAGGAAGCAGGAGAAUAGGAGUGAUUCUGGGACGAGUGCUGGCAGUGUGUGCAGUUCUUGGGGCAUUAUGUUGUGGGUUGCAUGUCCAUGCUACCUUGUGGCUCUAUGGAGUGUUAGGCGACUGGACACGCUUCAACUGGGGAUGGUGGUUAGUACACUUCUGGGCCCGGCUACUGGAGCUGGCCUGGGGGUUCUCUCUGCUACUCCUGAGUUCUUGGGUGUUCUGGAGGCCUCAGAGUUGCCGUGGAAGGGAAGAAGGUGGACAAGAUGGCAGAGCAGCAGGAGACUUGGCGUCCCCUGGCCAUUCUGUAGGCUCUCCUCAAACACAUACCUGUUGGUCCAAGAUAGUCCAGAGCCUGAAGGGCAAGCCCUGUAGGAAGUCUGACAGUAAUGGCGUAGGGGGCGGAGGAGGAGGAGGAGCAGGAGCAGGAGCAGGAGAAGUGCCUAACAACUGGGCAGGCCAGGAACGUCCUGGAGCUGAUAUCAGCAAGAGUCUGAUUAGAAAUCAGAACCACGAGCAGGCCGCUGUCCAGCCACGCAGUGUCAAAGACAGCAACCGGGGACGCAACCAUAGGGUCCCCUCUGCAGAACGAGGCCUAUCUGAUGGCUCUACUGGCUCCCUCCUAAGACUGCAGGCGUUUGGCCAGCCUCCACAGCGCUCGGUGAGUGGCAGUCUGGAUCAGGAUCGAGAUACUUCCCUGUCUUUCUAUGAGUUUGACCUGCGCCCCCCUUCCCCCAUUGACUUGACCCGCAGCAUUGAUGAGGCUCUGCACAGAGAACACCUGCUUGAAGGAGGGAGCCUGUUUCAUCCUUUGAACCAGACCUUACAGUCCCCUUCCCCAGGCUCAGGGGUCAGUCAAGGGCCGUGGCUUCGCAGGAACAGUGAUCCUCAGUUACUCUCAGAGAGUAGCGAGGCUCCAACAGAGUCUUCCAUGCCACUGGGUGGAAGCGUUCUCAGCAGUGUACCCAGCAGGCAGGUGACUGCUCCCCCAACACCAUCCCACCAGGGUCAUAGAUGGGCUGGAAAUGGGGCAGCAAGUGUCCCUUCAUCAGUGUCCUGCCCUGUUUCACUCCGUCCCUCCAGAACCUCAACGGGACAUUUGGGGGACGAUGGAGUGGACGACACACGACCAUUUAUCACCCCAGACUCUGAAAGUGUGCGAGGGAGAGCUGCGAGGCCAGUGGGGUCACGCAGUUACCUGGAAGUCAGUCGACAUGACGAUUCUGCCAGUGUCAGCAGUGAGAUUAUUGACCUAUGAACCUAACCUUGGACAUGAGGACCAGUGACUGCACAUCUAACACAUCCAUUUAACAAUCACUGUUCCUAACAAGGAAUGCUGCAAAUAUUGGGAUAAUAUUAUUAUUAAACUGCCUAAUAAUGACCAUUGGUCAGAAGAGGGAAAAUAUGAAAACAAAGGUCUGGGUGAUGAACUUAAAAGGUGUCACCUAGUUGCCUUUUAUCUUUAACAACUGUGUUUGUUGAAUGGAUUAGGGUAAACAUAAUUUGGGAGCAAAACUAGGAGAUGCAGCACAGCUAAACAAACACAGCACACUCCUUUUCACAUAAUUCUCUUUUGUAUGUAUAACACUGGUAUGACUUCAAGGACACUGGGACCACACUUACAUACAGUUCCUGAGAAUGGCUCAGCAAUAGCAAGUCCGUGCUUGUAACUGGCUUCAGAUUUGUGAAGCUGAUAAAUUUAAUCUUUCAAGAAAGUAAGUAGAUUUGAUAUUCAAGUUCUUGUUUGCAAACAGAGCACCACUAAGUUUGAAGGGUAAAAGACAAAUGAUGCAAUCAAGUGUCUUUGGGUCCUGUUUAUAUUGUUUUUGAAAAAAGUUUGGAUAUCAUUGGUCACUAGUUCAAUUCCAUUCCUAGAGUUUAUUUGCUGUCUUCCAUAUUUCAUUUUGCUUUGUGAUGUAAAGAUGUGCCAUACAUAGUCAAAGUUGGUUUCUGUGCUAUUUUUAAUGGUUCUAUACACCCAUUACUUGGGCUAACGCUCUCUAGCAUCUUAGCAUAGUGACUCACCUGCAGAUUACUACAUCUAAGCUCUUAACUUGCUGCUGCCAUUGCUGUACUCAGUCCAGUUUGCCUUGUAUUUUAAAACCGGUUACAUAAAGAGGCAGGCGAUAAACAACAGCCAGAGACAGCUGUAGUGUGGACACAUGCUAGCAUGUGUUCCUGAGGCUUUAAGCUGUUGAUGAAAUUGACAGACAUAAAAAUGAAACCCAACUAUGAUGCUAAAGGACAAAGCUUCGCAAUCAAUAACCACGCUUAACUUGAGCCUCUGAAUAAGAAGUUGCAUUGAAUCUGUUCAAUCUGUUUGAUGUCUGCUUACAUGCUACACAGCUUUGCAGGGCUGCAGCACACUAGACAAGCUUAGCAUGAUCCUCAAACUCUUAUAGUUAGGCCCGACUCAAUAACGGAGCACUUAACCCUAAGCCUGAGCGCUAGACUGAAGUAUUUUACUAUUAAAGAGGAAAAUAUCUUUCAAAUCUAUGAUGUAUAAACAACAAUGUACAUAGUUAUUUUUGAUGUUUCAUGAAUAAAGGUGUAUCUGAAACAAUUAUAGUUGUUACUGUGAAAGACAAUCUGAGUGAUAUUGCUUAUGCAUCUGAGCUGUGCAGACAGUUUAGGUAUUUCGACGUCAGAUUGUGGCAGAACUGUGACAGUUGAUACUUGACUGCAGAUGUUGUGUCAAGGUUUUUUGGGCUGUGCUCAGAAUUUAAUAACAAUGCAGGUUUUGCAAAGUGUACAGUUACUGGCCAGAUCUGCUGGAUUUUAAUUUCAGCUUUAGCUUUUCUGUCAUUAAUGAUGACACAAUUAUUGGGGGAGAAACAAAAAAAAAAUCAAAACACUUUAGGCCAUUAAUUCACUUGAACUGUUUCUGAUCCCCAAACUAGCCCAGUGAUUUCCCCUUCAGUCUUAAACUUGAAAGGUUUUGCUCCAACAUGAGAUUUAUUAUUGUACUUCAGUCUUGGGAUGUUGUUUUGAAUAUGUAAGGAUAAAAUGACUUUUUUUAAAAACAUUUUUUGGAAAGAAAUGUAGUUACUCAUGCCUCUGUUCCUGAUUAGAGCCAGUCCCUUACUUGUUUUCCGGUUACCUCAGGGUGACUUGCAGUACCUCCCAGUGAUGUGAGAUGCUUAAGUUGUUUAGUAUUUACAGUACAAUGGCCUUUUGUUGCUGUCUUACAUUCCAGUGAACCUGUAGAAUUUCACCGUAUCAGCUCUCGCCGUUACCUGUUUUACUUCAUGGCAGCCGUGGUUCCUCCAGCAGCUGUAGUGUUGUCCCACAAAGCAGUAUGUGCCAUAGAAAAUGUGCCCCUUUCGGUCUGUAGCCAAUUUGCAGGAGUACAGUGUUAGUGUUAUCGGUUUACUUUGCUCAUUGAACUUUUGUUCUCCUAUUUCUUGCUGCAUUUUACGUUUGGAUUCAAAUAAAAGUGAUAAAACUCAAA